AGAGGUGCGUAGCAAGCGGAGAGUCACGUGACCCCCUAUUGCCCCCACACACCCACCCCCCACCAACCCCCCGCGCCUAGGGCCCGUGUUUACCAACAGCCUGAGGCCUGCCCUGAGUCGCCAUGUUCCGGCCGCUCUCCAUCACCGACUGGCUGGGAGGCGGCAGCAAGCCCCAAUCCGCCGCAUCCGAGGAGGAGAGACUGCUGCUGACAGCGGGGGUGGAGGAUUCGGAGGCGCCGCCGCCGCCGCCGCCGCCAGGGACUGGAGCGGUUCUGGAGCAGGCCAAAGUGAUGGGAAGCUACCUACGGGAUGUUGCUACAUCUGCUACAAAGAAAGUAUCGGACACAGUGCGAGAAACUGCCCAAACAAUAAAGAAAACUGUAGAGGAACAUAAAAUAGACAAUCUCCUUGACAUGACAAUUAUUGGAAAUUUCAAAAAGGAGCAAGAAAAAUUUGUAAAAGAAAAGAAAUUGAAGAAGUCAGAUUCAGCGCUUCCACCAUGGGCCGGCUAUAAUAAUGAGGAGACUGUGAGGCAGCAGGUUCUCUCUCUGUCUACAGAACGUCGGAACUUCCUUCGGGACCCUCCUGCAGGUGUACAGUUUAAUUUUGAUUUUAACACAAUAGCACCUGUCGCCAUUGUGAUGCUUCGGGAAGAUGAGGUGUUGAGCAAAAUGCGUUUUGAACUAGUGCCAAAGCUCGUAAAAGAAGAGCAGUUCUGGAGAAAUUAUUUCUACCGAGUAUCUCUCAUUAAACAAUCUGCACAACUCUUGUCCCUAUCUGCUCAAGAGGCUGAAAACUCCACAGAGGAGUCGGAGCAUCAUCUGAGACAAAACAUCACAGUUACAGAUUCAGCUCUGUCAAAGACACCUCCAGUCCCAAUGAAACAAAAUGAAUCCGUAGAAGUUCACCGUUUAGACGAGAUUUCAACAAGUCCGGUUACUAAUGAGUUUGUGAGUGAUUCAUAUGACACAUCAUCCCUAAACCAGGAAGACUUCUUGAGGGGCAUGGAACAAUUGGGCAUGACCAGUGGUGACCAGGCAGCUUCUGUCGAAGAUGCAGAUGACAUUCCAGAGUGGGAAAAGGAGCUACAAAGAGAACUUCAGGAGUUUGAAAUUGUUGACGUGAAAGCAAAAGUCAGUGAUGCCUGGGAGAAGGAAAUUGAGGAGAUGCUUCAAGAAGACCACUAAAGGUCUCUUGGUGGAAAACAUGAUCCCAUAAUAUGAGUUCAGCUUUUCUGAGGCAGUGCUUUCCGUCAGAGCAUUAUCUCAAAACGUUUCUGAAGAAAUACAGAAUGCUACCAAUAAAUCUUGUUUCCUUGCAGUGGGAUUUAAGCUUCAACUAUAUCUCAGCACCAUUAGCUUUAUUAUUACCGCAUUUUGUACUUUUUGGACUAUGAUGAUACAAAACAAAUGUACUUCGUGUACAUUUCCAAUGAUGGAAAACAUUUUAGAAAUGGAAGCUGCUGUAAGUAUUGUAGGUUUCAAUUGUAGCCAAUGUGCUGAAAGUCACUUCUUUUGUUAACAAUAUUUAAUUUCUAUCUGUAUAAACUGUGACUUUUUUUAAAAAAACAUAAAUGCCUUGUAGAAUCUUCUCUUUGUGCCUAGCCAAUCCAAUACAUAUAAUUGACCAAAGGGUCCAUGGUGACAUAGCACAUUGAUAUUACACCAAAGUAAGAUACAGGAUUCCCAGUUCCUUGCAUGGUGGGUUCUAAACUUAAGGCCGUGGCAUCAAAGGCUUGUGGGGUGAAGUAAUGAUUAUAGAGGCAAGAAGAAUAAAAUGUACCCUAAAGAUAGUCAAUAUUUGGUAUAACUUAGUAGCCUUCUUUUGGACCAUUUUAAGAGUGAGCAACCAAUAGGAAGAACUUCUUUGUAGAGCCAAGAUUUUGUUCGGAACUUCAAUCAGUGACUUGGGCAAAGAUGGUUUUGUGUUUUGUUUUCAGGAGUAGCUUUAGAAACCAGUUCAGAUACUGGGAUUGUCUUCCCAAUAACACAGGAAGAUCCCAUAUUUGAUUUGUGACAUGUGCUGUUUGUCUUACCUUAGAUGGGAUGACCCUAAAAUAUUGAUAGAUUAAGUUAUUUCUUGUCUGUGAAGUUAGUCUGUUCAUGCAUACGAGACUUUAGUAAUACAGUGAAACUGAAAUAUGUGUAGGGGUGAACAGUGUUUAUUGGGUUCCGAGGCCUUCCUUGCAUUUUCAAAUAUAAAAUGUGAUAUGGAAGUGAAGUAAAAAUGUCUACCAGAUCUACUUUGAUUUUCUUUUUUAAGCCCUUAAUGCCUUGUGUACAUUGUAUAUGUUUGUGGUUGUGCCCAGGGUUUUUUUUUUUUUACAGAUUCUGUUAUAUAAAUUUCACCCAAAGAUUCCUAUUAGGGACAAAUAGAAAUGGAAAAGUGACUCAUCCAAGUGGAUUCUGGAGUGGGAGUAGUGUGAAAGAAACAUUUUUGCAAAAAAAGUGUAGAGUGAAAAUAAAUGCUGUGCAAAAUUUGAAGUCUUUUAGCAGUUUUUAGUUUACCUGGAGCAUCUUUGAAUCAUUGUCACUGGCAGGUGGGGGAAUGCCCAGUUCAUAUUUCUGACUUGUGAAGUUCCUAAUCAACAAAAUCUCUGCUCAGAAGAUUAGCUAUUUAACAAUGGAGCGACAUAAUGGUGUGGGUUGGAGAGCCAUAAUUAUUCUUGUGAAAUUCUGGAUCUGAUUUAGUAUACAGUUGUUGCAAUGCUUUGUGCAGUGCUUUAGAAGUUGUUAAAAUAUAGGCUCUUGUUUUAGUUUUGGAGACCAUUUAAAUUGUGUGGAACUUGAUUUCUGACAUGGUUGUUUCUGAAUAUCUUAGCAGCAUUUUGACAAAGGUACUGUAAAAUGCAUGAAGACAGGAUUAGCACUUGAAAGGUAACUAUCACUGUUUGGUACAACUUAAAUUUUCUUAUAUAUUUAUAAGAUAAAAGUUAAAAAGAAUACAUAAAGAAAACAUAAAAAUCAUGGAGUAAAAACUCUGCUUACGUGUUCAUCAAAACACAAUUUUCCCUUGAUUGAAGUGAGAAAACUGUGUGGCUGGAAAACACAGAUGUGAAAUUUCUAUUCCCAUCCCUCUUUGUACAGAAUGACCAUAUUCUUUCACAGAAACAUGCAUAUUAAAAAAACGCAUGGUUUAACUUGUGUGGGCAGAGAUGUUUUGGAUUCCAUUAGUAUGCCAAAAAUGUAUGUUUCUGCCAAAUGUUUUGUGAUUUGUGUUUUCCCCUGAAGGCAAAAAGGGAAAAUGAUGUAUUAUGUAUUUUUCCCCAACAGACAUUAAAUGGUCAAAAUUCUGUUUAUAAAAUUUUCAACAAAAUUUUCUCCUUCAUUUAUGUCCUCUUACAUAUGCAGAAACAUGGACUUGAUGUUCAAAAGUUCAGUAUUUUAAAUUGGUAACUGCUGUUUUCAAGAACUUUUUGGGUAUUAUGGAACUUGGCAAACACUGAAAUUCUUGCACAACAUUACAACAGUGAUGAUCACUUCAUAGAAAUGCUUACUUCAUUGGCAGUGAAAUGCUGUGUUUUGUCCUGUGGUUGUUAAAGGCGCCAGAUAAAUGGAAGUCUUAUUGUUAGUAGUAAUCUUGCAGAUAGAAAGAAAAACCUGCAUUUAUCUCGUGUCUUUUAUGACCUUGGUGAAUCUCAAAGUUCUUUAUAGCCAAGUGCUUUUGAAGUGGAAGAUGCAAUGCACAAAUACAGAAAACCUAUAUGUUUAAUGUAAACUACGAAGUGACUCAAAACAUGUCACUGGAUCAAAUUUUGUUUUACAUAAAGUGGGCUAAUUGGUGUUGCUGAGCCAUACAGACAUGUUUUGUCCCAUGUUGGGAUUAGUGACCUGGAUCUCAUCCUAGGCAGCAGUUGGAGUAGUAAAGUACACUUCUUUAUCCAUAACUAUGGAUGGAUAAAAAAACAACAGCCGGGGGUUCGCGUCUCCAGCUGUUAUCAUUGAGCCUGCCAGAGAAUGUAUGUGUGUAAACAUUGGAUGAGGUUAGAAUCUGGCUCAGCUGUUCUUCUCAAUCCCUGUGCCCCCUUGCAACCAAAUAGCUUCCCAUCAUUCACUGCCUUGGCACACAUCUGAAGAAUGUUCACUUGGGAAAUGGAUCUACGGGCAGCCUGAACCCAUUAGCUUCAAGGAGAGGUAGAAAAAUUGGGAGGGAGCAAGGAAGAAUUAAAUAUUAUUUUCUCCGGUCAAAAGUCUCUGUGGCCACAGGUUUUAAGACACUCCGUAUGUAGUUGGGAAACUUACAAGUUCUGCAAUUUGACAGGUGCUACUUCAGACAACUUGUAAACAUAAAGGCAUCACGAAAACCGUUUAAAGAACAAAUACCAUGAAGAUACUCUAGAAAAUCAAGCUCAUGAUCCAAACACAAGCCUACCUGUGUUUUCUUCAGUACAAAUGUAGCAUUGUUUUUAAUAUGUUGCACAGAUUUUCAAUAUCUGGUUCUGUGUGUAAUUUGAAAGACUAUUUACAUUUACAUUCUGAGUGUGAGAGAUUGUUACACAAAUUACAUUGCCAUUGUGAUUUAAUUAAAUAAAUAUGUAUUAAUGUGG